AUGGCAGGUUCCAAGAAACCAGUUAACAUUUUUCGCUUGCGCAAUCUCGCUGACCCCAAGGAGGUCUUCAACUGGAGGCUAUGGUUUGCCGUGCUCUCCUUUGGCCUCAUGGGCGCUGCCCGUGGUGUUGACGAGGGUUUGAUCUCGGGUGCCUUUAACUCCAAGGAUUUUCAGCGCACUAUUCAUCUGGACUCGUACAGUGAGGUUGAACAGACCAACAUCAAGGCGAAUGUGUCCGCUAUGGUGCAAAUUGGUUCCGUGGGAGGGGCACUCUUUGCAUUCCUUGUGUGCGACCGUAUUGGACGGCUGUGGGCGACUCGCCAACUCUGCGUUCUUUGGAUCCUGGGAAUUGCCAUUUUCAUGGGCGUCGGUGCCAACGGUAGCCUGGGGGCUGUCUAUGCUGGUCGCUUCGUGGCCGGACUGGGCGUCGGCCAGACUGUAGUUGUGGGACCAGUCUACCUGGCUGAGAUCGCCCCAGCAUCCGUCCGCGGGCUCUGCACUUGUGUCUUCACCGGCUUCGUUUACCUGGGCAUUGUGCUCGCCUACUUCACCAACUACGGCUGCCAGAUCCAUAUGGGCGACCACACUCACAAGCGAUGGGAAGUCCCAACUAGUCUCCACAUCAUGUUUGCCGGCCUCAUCUUCCUCCUCUCCUUCCUCCAAUACGAGUCUCCUCGCUUCCUUGUAAAGAAAGGCAAGCCCGAAGAAGCACUGAAGAACCUUGCGCGCCUCCGCAAUCUUCCUCCAGAGCAUGAAUACGUUGUCGAGGAGUUCACGGGUAUCCAGAAUGCCCAUCAGGCGGAGAUGGAGGCUACCAUGGGAGCUGGCUGGCUGGGCAUUGUCAAGGAGGCCAUCAUGGUCCCGAGCAACCUGUACCGGCUGUACCUAGCCGCCAUGGCGCAGCUACUGUCCCAAUGGUCUGGAGCGGGAUCCAUCACGCUGUACGCGCCGGAUCUGUUCAGUCUCCUGGGCAUCACGGGGUCCAACGAGUCCCUACUUGUGACAGCAGUGUUCGGUAUCAUCAAGCUGGUCGCAGCUGUGAUUUGCGCUCUGUUCCUGGUGGAUGUGAUUGGGCGCAAACGUGCCCUACUCCUAGGAAUCACGCUGCAGGCCAUCUCGAUGAUCUACGUGGCUAGCUUCCUCACUGCCGUGCCGGAGAUGGGCAUUGUCGAUGACUUUGUCCUGCCGGAGUCAAAGAAGGGUAGUAGCCGCGGAGCCAUUGCUAUGAUCUAUAUCUCCGGUGUGGGCUGGGCAUUGGGCUGGAACUCCAUGCAGUAUCUGCUGACCGCAGAACUGUUCCCGCUACGCAUCCGCGCACUGGCUACCUCUGCUGCUAUGACGCUGCACUUUGUCAAUCAGUAUGGUAAUUCCCGAGCGGUGCCCAAUAUGUUGCUGGGUACUGCGGAGGGUGGCAUCACCCCCAAGGGCACGUUCUGGUUCUUCUCUGCCGUGACGGUGCUGGGUGGGCUGUGGGUGUGGUUCAGUGUGCCUGAGACAGCGGGGCGGAGUCUAGAGAGUAUGGAUCGGUUGUUUGCAUUGCCCUGGUAUCAAAUCGGACGGCAUGGCAACCGUGAUGCCGACCAGCAGGACCAGGUGGUGGCGGAUAAACAACAGCAGGUGGAGGAUGGAUUUGGAGGGGCGGAGCAUCGCGAGCGGGUGUAA